AUGGAAAUGUCAGAAGAUGAUAUUAAUACAGAAGAAUACCCCACUGAAAUUCAUGAUUAUCUUGCAGCAUUUGAAAAAUCUCUUGGUUCUGUAGAUGAGAUGCUAAAGACAAUGAUGUCAGUUUCCAGGAGUGAGCUUCUCCAAAAGCUGGAUCCUCUUGAGCAAGCAAAGAUGGAUUUGGUUUCAGUGUACACGUUAAAUUCAAUGUUCUGGGUAUACUUGGCUACUCAGGGAAUCAAUCCAAAGGAACAUCCAGUGAAACAAGAACUGGAGAGAAUAAGAACAUACAUGAACAAGGUCAAAGAAAUAGCAGACAAGAAGAAGGCAUCCAAACUCGAUAAAGGAGCUGCUUCUAGAUUUGUAAGAAAUGCACUCUGGGAACCAAACGCUGAAAAUGAACAUACGUCCAAAACUCCUACUAAAGGAAAAAAGAGAAAGAUGGACUAAUUUUUCAUUUCCCUUUAUGCAGAGACACCUAGAACUUAUUUAAAAAUGUGUUUUGCAUACUAUAUGCAUCUUGCAGAGGUGUAUAGCAAUUUUUUGAUUAAGUUAUACUAAAGAACUUUACAGGAUUGUAUUUUGUCCAGAAUACUUGUCACUGAGGUAAUCACAUUGUAUGUGUAUCUUAAAGUGCCAUUUGAUGUGAGAGAAGUAACGUUUCAUUAUUCAAAAAAUAAUGACCUGACAUAUGCUUGCUGGUAAUAGAUACUAGUGAUGUUUUGUUCAUAAUGUCUAAG